AUGCCUGGAGCCAAGGUGUUCGAGAGUAUCUACGAUAAUUUCCGGUUGUUCGGUUCCGGAUUGCUGUUUUUGGUUGGUCUGAUCGUCCUCGCUGGAGUCAAGGUGGUCAACAAGUUUGCAUUACCACUCGUCUUUGUCGUACUAUUCUGUAUAUUUUCGUCGUUUCUUGGUGCCUUUGUGAAAUUCAACGGUUCAGACUCGCUCAAAUUUUGUAUGAUGGGCGAUCGACCGGUGGAUGAUUACAAUACCUACUAUGAACGACACGUCUUCGGCCGAAUUGUACGGUAG